CACUUUCGGCGGGAAACAUACUCCUCGCGCCUAACCGUCUUAUGUGGCAGUGUAUCGUCACCAGUCAGCGUUAGUCGAUUGUGUAGUUACGUUAUGUGUUUUUCAAACAGUUUUAUAGUGUUACGUGACGAAUAUAUAUGAUAAUACAAAGGAUAAGAAGGAACAACCGUGUUCGCUAACCUCAAGAAAUAUACGCACAUUAUCUGUAUAAAUCGAUAAAAGGCAGUAAAACGAAUACAGUUAUCAUCAAGAUAAUUACCAUAGGGAGACCCUGCUGCAUUUGUAUCAAGAAAAUGGCUUCCCCACGAAAAUUCUAUAACAAUCCAUUUACAAUCUGUAUCGAAGGAAAUAUUGGAAGUGGUAAAACAACAUUUUUGAAUCAUUUUCAAAACUUUAACAAUGCUACAAUUUUGCAAGAACCAGUGGACUUAUGGCGAAAUGUGGCUGGAGUAAAUUUGCUGGAUCUCUUGUACAAGGACCCGAUAAAUUAUGCCUUUCUAUUUCAAUCAUAUGCUCAAUUAACUAGAUUACAAUUACACACUAUGAGCACAUCAUCUCCCUAUAAGAUCAUGGAAAGAUCCAUAUUCAGUGCAAGAUGCUUCUUAGAGAAUAUGAAGCGUACAAACAUGAUACAGGAUGUAGAGGUGAUAAUUUUAGAAAAAUGGUACAAUUGGUGUUUGGAAAAUGCUAAUAUAAGAGCAGACUUAAUAGUGUAUCUAAGAACAACGCCAGAAGUUGUGUAUCAAAGAAUGCAGGCACGUGGACGCAAAGAAGAAGACUCUGUACCAUUGGAAUAUCUAAGACAAAUCCAUGAAAUUCAUGAUGAUUGGCUCUAUAGACAAACUUUAUUCUCUUUACCAGCACCGGUUAUGAUUAUAGAUGGUGACAAAAGUCUUGAGGAAAUGGUGCCACAAUUUGAAAAAUGCAAAGACCGGAUACUUAAAUGGAAAAUUGAUGGCACAUCAAAUACUACAAGCUCAAUAGUUUUAGAUACUAAAGCAUAAUAAUGUUAAUGACUU